CGGACCGAGAGACGGACGCACACAGACUCUGCGCCCCCAUCUCCGCACCAGCGCCGCCGUAGCCCGCCCCGGGCCGCCAGUCCAGCCAGCCCUCGGCCGGGUGCCCGCGGUGCCCGACCCCAGACCGCCAGCUGCUCGGCGCCCCGGGUUCGCCAUGCGCUCCGCCGCUGUCCUGGCGCUUCUGCUCUGCGCUGGGCAAGUCAUUGCCCUCCCUGUGAACAGCCCUAUGGAUAAAGGAGAUACCGAGGUGAUGAAGUGCAUCGUUGAGGUCAUCUCUGACACGCUCUCCAAGCCCAGCCCCAUGCCUGUCAGCCAGGAGUGUUUCGAGACACUCCGAGGAGACGAACGGAUCCUCUCAAUCCUGCGACAUCAGAAUUUGCUGAAGGAGCUCCAAGACCUGGCUCUCCAAGGUGCCAAGGAGAGGGCGCAUCAGCAGAAGCAGCACAGCAGUUUUGAGGAUGAACUCUCCGAGGUUCUUGAGAAGCAGAACAACCAGGCCGAGCUGAAGGAUGUGACAGAAGAGGCGUCCUCCAAGGAUGCUGCAGAGAAAAGAGGGGAUUCUGAAGAGGUGGAGGAGAAUGGUGAAGACAUGGAUGGAGCCAGGCCCCAGGCCUCCCUGGAGCCUGGGCAGGGGUCCAGAGUUGAGGACAACCAGGCCCCAGGGGAGGAGGAGGAGGAGGAGGCCACCAACACCCAUUCCCUGGCCAGCCUCCCCAGCCAGAAACACCUAGACCCACAGGCCGAAGGGGACAGCGAGGGCCCCUCCCAGGGUCUGGUGGACAGAGAGAAGAGCCUGGGUGCAGAGCGGGGCCAGCAGGCAAAGAGAGAAGAGGAGGAGGAGGAGGCUGGAGAGAAGGCUGACCCUGAGGAGGAAGGCCCCACUGCAGCAUUUAACCCCCAGCCAAGCCUCGGCUACAAGGAGAUCCGGAGGGGCGAGAGUUGGUCCGAGGCUCUGGCCGUGGAGGGAGCCGGGAAGACUAGGGCUGAGGAGGCUCAGCCCCCCGAGGGGCAGGGGGAGCGGGAGCACUCCCGGCAGCAGGAAGAGGAGGAGGAGGAGACGGCAGGGGCCUCUCAAGGCCUCUUCCGGGGCGGGAAGAGCAGGGAGCUGGAGCAGGAGGAGGAGCAGGAGCGGCUCUCCAAGGAGUGGGAGGCAGCCAAGCGAUGGAGCAAGAUGGACCAGCUGGCGAAGGAGCUGACGGCCGAGAAGCGGCUGGAGGGGGAGGACGAGGAGGAGGACGACCCUGACCGCUCCAUGAAGCUCUCCUUCCGGGCCCGGGCCUACGGCUUCAGGGGCCCUGGGCUGCAGCUGCGACGAGGCUGGAGGCCGUCGUCCCGGGAGGACAGCGUCGAGGCCGGCCUGCCCCUGCAGGUGCGUGGCUACCCGGAGGAGAGGAAAGAGGAGGAGGGCAGCGCCAACCGCAGACCAGAGGACCAGGAGCUGGAGAGCCUGGCGGCCAUCGAGGCGGAGCUGGAGAAGGUGGCCCACCAGCUGCAGGCGCUGCGGCGGGGCUGAGGCGCCAUCUGGCCCCGCCAGCCAGGGCCCCAAGGCACCCUGUGGUCCUGGCUCUGCUGUCCC